GAUGUGUCCGGGAAGAUGGAGGAGAGUGAUGGAGGGUUAGAUACUGAUGGUGAUGUGUCCGGGAAGAUGGUGGAGAGUAAACGUAUAGAGGAGAUUGGGAAGAUGUCGUCUCUCUCCCAAGAGGACAUCAUGGCGAACACCAAGACGGUGAUUCAGGGUCUGGACACCCUGAAAAACGAGCACCAGCAGAUCCUCAGCGGCCUGCUUACCUCCCUCAAGUCCGUGAAGCAGGAGAAGGGAGACACAAACCUCAUGGAGGAGAAGACAAACAUCCUCAAGAAAUCCCUCGAGACCAUUGAGCUGGGUCUUAGUGAAGCUCAGGUCAUGAUGUCUCUAGCCCAACACCAUGAGCAUGUGGAGGCAGAAAAACAGAAGCUACGUGCGAAGGUCCGUCGCUUGUGUCAGGAGAACGGCUGGUUACGAGACGAACUAGACGCCACCCAGCAGAAACUGCAGCUUAGUGAACAAAGGGUGGCCAUUCUGGAGGAGGAGAAAAAACAUCUAGAGUUUAUGAACGAGAUGAAAAAAUAUGACACAAAUGAAUCUCAAUCGACUGAAGAGAGCAAAGACCAGUCUGAAUCAAGCACGUCACAGAACCUCGACCUCGGCUUCCCAGAGGAUGAUGACGAGCCUAACAACCCAGAAGCCCUGUCUCCUUCCCAGCCCAGUGCCAUGGCGCAGGCUGCAAGCGGAGGGUACGAGAUUCCAGCGCGACUACGUACACUCCACAAUCUAGUCAUCCAGUAUGCCUCACAGGGUCGUUACGAGGUAGCUGUGCCCCUGUGUAAACAGGCGCUUGAAGAUUUGGAGAAGACAAGUGGUCACGAUCAUCCGGACGUGGCUACUAUGUUGAACAUUCUAGCUCUUGUAUACAGGGACCAGGGAAAAUACAAAGAAGCGGGUAAUCUACUGAACGAUGCUCUCAAAAUCCGCGAGAAAACUCUGGGGAGAGACCAUCCUGCAGUGGCUGCCACAUUAAAUAAUCUAGCUGUGUUAUAUGGUAAACGUGGAAAAUACAAGGAGGCUGAGCCUCUCUGUAAACGUGCACUAGAAAUAAGAGAAAAGGUUUUAGGAGCAGACCAUCCUGACGUUGCCAAGCAACUAAAUAAUUUAGCAUUGUUGUGCCAGAAUCAAGGGAAAUAUGAAGAGGUAGAAAAAUAUUACACUCGUGCGUUAAAAAUAUACCAGAAAGAAUUAGGCCCUGAUGAUGCUAAUGUAGCGAAAACUAAAAAUAAUUUGGCAUCAGCAUUUUUAAAGCAAGGGAAAUAUAAACAAGCAGAAGUCCUAUAUAAAGAAGUCUUAACACGAGCACAUGAAAAAGAAUUCGGAAAAGUGGGAGGGGACAAUAAGCCAAUAUGGAUGCAAGCGGAAGAAAGGGAAGAAAACAAGGGGAAAUUGAAGGACGGUCAGACUGCGCCAGAAUACGGGGCGUGGCACAAGACUACAAAAGUGGAUAGCUCUUUUGGAAAUAACAACGCUACGCCUCCAACCUCGACUGCCCCAACAGUUACUACAACACUGAAGAACCUUGGAGCGUUAUAUCGCCGACAAGGAAAGUGUACUGCCGCCGAUAUGCUCGAAGAGUGGGCCGUUAGAUCCAAGAAAAACCGACUUGGAUAUAGUGCUAUAGACGUUGUAAGACAGAGCAAAGUGGCCGAAGUUUUGGGGAGCGAGUUUGCAAAAGAAAACAAUAGGGAUUACCAACGACGGUCAAAUAGUCAAAACCGUGUCCGCCGCGACUCGUCAGACAAUUUGUACGAGCGCGGUUAUGGGGAAGGGGACGAUGUGAGUAUUGAUAAACACUGGUUGUCUGACCUGCCCGGAAAGCUAAAACGGAGUGGCUCAUUGUCCAAAUUACGAGCUUCUAUACGAAGAAGUAGUGCUAAAUUGGUCCAGAAACUUAAAGGAAAGGCGGAUCCAGAUAACGGAAGCAUGAAAAGGGCAAGCUCCAUGUCAGUGCUCAACACAAACAGUAAAGACGAUAAGUUACAUAGCGGAGUGCCAGAUGCUGGUGAGUUGGUGCGUGUCUCUUCCUGGGGGGACUGGGAGGUGGUGCACCGCUCGCGCACUUUCAAGCACCUCAGCCCCCUCACUGGCUCCAAUGACCCACAGUCCAGGAGAGCAGAAGAUCCUUUGGUGAUUUGAGUGUUCGGGGUCGUACGGCGAGUUCAGACCAACUUGCCCACCGGCCAUUCUGAUCCAAGACUGACCAACAGUCAAACUGGUCACUUGUGAUGACUGUACCAGGAGCAGUACAGCCGAACUGACCAUCUGGAUCAACUUCUUUUAAUUACUUUGUGGUGUUUUAAGCACACUGAAACAGUUAAUUUUCAAGCUUCCUUGCAUAUAUAUGGAAAGCUUAUCUUUAAAAAAGUGAAAGUUUUAGACAACAGAUAUUUUCUUUAAAAAACUUAAUGCAAAAGUGCUGGUUGGGAUAAAGUGCUGAUGUAAUUAUGUUUAAGGUGUUAUUCCAUUAUGACUCAUAUUUAUAUAAUUGUAGUAAUUUAGAGACAAACUAAAAAGUUGGUUGUACUGGUUUUGGUAUACAAUUCCAUAUUGUUCAACCUAACUGUGUCACGAGCGAAGUCAAGUCAUUUCCAUGAAAUUAUUGUGUGUUAAUUAUUCUGACAUUUCAUUCAUUAGAAUUAUGUUAUGGUAAAUGACCUUGUAAUAACAUAAAACCAAUUUUUCUAGACUUUGAUUAUACUUGACAGUAAAAGGGAUUUGUGUACAAGGUCACUUACCACAACACAACGAUUCAUGCUUGUAAGUCACCAAUGGCAACAUUCCUGUCAAAAACUGCUUGGGACUUGCAUGAAACUACAGAGCGUCUUUUCAGCAAUAUUUUUGUUAUAUUUGAAAUUGAAUUUUCUUUCUGUGUUCCAAAUGGUAUUGCUUUGAGUCAGCUGAAUUGUAUUACUAGACAUCUUCAUAUGGUAAUGGGAUGAUGAUGGAUUUAAUGUUAGCUACGUUCAAAGAAUCAUUUGGUUUGCAGAUUGUUUAAAUUGGAUGACAUGUCUCUCUUUGUCCUCAUUCUAUUUUUAGGAACAGGAAAUGAUGCUGUCAUGUUUCCUGAUUAAAUUAAAUUUACUAUUAGAUAUAUUAUAGCUUUUUGCUGCUCAUGCGUUGUGAGUUAUAUAUAAACAAAUAAAUGGUUGUCUAACACACAUAAAGGUUACUUGAACUUUUUAAGUUUAACACUUAAAUGAGCAUAGAAAAUGGAAUUGCUGAGUCCUUACUUGCUGUGAUAAAACAACUUAAAAACAGUUAAAAACGAUACAAUGUUUUGUUAGAUAGUCGAACAUUUGCAAUCCAAAUGACAUUGCUUUAAAUCAGCUUAAUUCAGUUUAAUAUGGUUGUAUAGUUGGCUACCUUCAAAGAGCCAUUUGGAUUGCAGGUUGUUUACCAUGUUUUAAUGACAGAGAGAUUACACAAUAACAUCAGUCAGUUCUAGUUUAAAAUAUUGCCUUCUAAAUGCUAGACAAACAUAAAUGUUUAUAAAAUUGACCAGCCGCCACUUGUCAAUCAAACAAUCAGUUGACCAACCAUAGGGUUAUAUAUUUUGUAAAUGAAUAUAAGCACAUUGUUGCAUCAUACUAUGGAUGAACUUAAAAGCCUCAGCCUAAUGAUCUCCACAUAGUGAAAUGAUUGUGUUUGCCGCUGGUUAAUUGAUAACCUGGUGGUUGGUUACACACUAGGUUCUUGAAUAUGGACAAUUAUCUCUCUUCUUUGAUAUUUGAAAAAAAAAUGAGCAGAAAAUGGUAUUGCUGUGGCCCAGCUAAAUGAAUACAGCAGGGUUCUUAAUUUAAUUAUGGGUUCAAAACUGUUAUAUAUAUAUAUAUAUAUUAAACUUUUGUGCAGACUGCAUUGUCAUUACAGAUAAAGCACAAGCCACAGAACCAUAAUUUAUUUUCUUUGCUCAUAUUUAAGGAUAUUUUUAUUAAUGUUAUUUAAUCAUCAAGCAUUAUAGACAAUUUUAAUGACUUGGAAGGAAUGAGAUUAUGCAAGUCUCAAGCAGUUGAAUAAGUCCCAUGUUGAAUCAUGUUUAGGUCAAGUUCACUGGAACAUUUAAGCUGUUUAUACAUCAGUUUUAAGAGUAUACAUCAAUAAUACAUUUACACAUGAACAUGUAUUUUCACAAUGUAUAAGUUGAAGCUUGUCAUCAAAAACUUUUAAAAGAAGAACAUAAUAAGCUAAUAAAGGGUUAAACAUCUGUGGAAUUUUAGAUCAGUUUAUGAAGAGAUUGAUUUCAUCCGGUAAAAUGAAAAAUAUACAUAAGUGAUUUUCUUUUUCUUUUUAGUGGUGUAUAGAAAUAUAACUUGAUUUUUUACAAUUUCAAACAAUAAAAACACAAAUUUGAUAAACUGAAGCGACAAACAAUUAUCUUCAUUGUUUUUAUACACAACAUCUCUAUAAAUGUUUGUUUCACAGUCAUAUUCCAUCAUUAUUUUCGGGAUUCUGAUCUCCAUUUCAUAUUGAUGUUGGUAAUUCAUUCAUCACCAUGCUUUCUCACUGCUGUAAAUUAAACAGUGAACAUUAUGUGGUAAUAUUUUGAUGCUUAGUUGAAGAUAUUCAAUGCCUUAUGGUGAGCGUGUAUAUUAAGCUUUUUUAAUUCAGCUUGCCAUUUUGUGAUUUUGUACGACAACCAUUCUUUCAAAUAGUAUGCAUUUUUUUUCAGUUAUAUUUCAGUGUAAAUUAUACUUGUAAAUAUUAAAUAUUAUAAAUGUAAAAUCGCAAUAUGUUGGGUAUGUAAUUCUUCACAACUUUUGUUAGAUACUCGUUUUGAACAAGGAUGUUUUUGUCUUGGUAUAGAUGCAUACGAAGGAUGUCUGUCGUUAAUGUGCAAUUAGUUUAUUUAUUUAUAUAUCAUGAAAAUAAAGUUCAAAACCUGAUCAGUUUACGGUCAUUUCAAUCCAUUGAUAUACAGAGAAAUGUUUAUGCAUGGAAUAAUAGGCACUUUUCUAUGUGCUGUUGUAAUAAAUUCUUACACAUGUUCAACUUGAUGGUCAAUGUUUAUUAUUUCGCUAAAUCAUAUUUGUUCACUUGUUGAAAUUGCCAUAUUUUAGUACAUUAUGUUUACAAGUUAACAAAAUAACAAAAUAUCUAGACUAAAUUGUUAAUGUUAUUUGUUUUGUUUCUUUGGUUUGUAGAGUUUUUGAAGACUUUUAAUUAGACUUUGAAUAAAUCAAUAUUUGUGAUUGAAUCCCUUUAUCCAAUCAGAAAAGCAAUCUGAAGGCUAAAUGCAAGGCUGUUGCCUUCUAUUACAAUAUUGAGUUUAUUGCCUCUUACAGAUAAUUUUUACAACAAAGGCAAAUCUGUACAAUUUGCAUGUGUAUCUAAAUUUGUAGUUGAUAAAGUGCUAUAUUUUACCUGAAAUAUCUGUAGAAUCAGACUUAAAAGAUUGUGUUGAUACUCCUAAACAAAGAUAAUUAGAUUUAGAUAUGCAAAGUCAUGUUUUGUUUCUUUGCAAUAUUAUGAAUGGCAUUGAUUGCAUUGAAAAAGUUAUGUAAACAAUGAACAUGAGGAUGUCUCAUUAAUGUAAACAAUGAACAUGAGGAUGUUUCAUAAAUGUAAACAAUGAACAUGAGGAUGUUUCAUAAAUGUAAACAAUGAACAUGAGGAUGUUUCGUAAAUGUAAACAAUGAACAUGAGGAUGUUUCAUAAAUGUAAACAAUGAACAUGAGGAUGUUUCAUAAAUGUAAACAAUGAACAUGAGGAUGUUUCAUAAAUUGCUUUUGAUUAACACCCACCAGUUGUUACAUAAAAAACUAACUUGAUGCAUUUGGUAAAGUAACUGCACAGUUCAAUUUAACUUUAUAAUACUUUCAAAGGUUGUGUAGGGCAGGGCCUGGUUUGCUGUAGUAGUUAUUGGUUUAUCGAAGCUGGACUCCUUGAAAUGCUAGUCAGCUUUAUAUAUUGCGUGGCAUUAGAAUCUUUUCAAACUGCAACCAAGUCAAUGGAUGGAAAUACUGUUGAAAGUGUGUGUAUUUUUUAAGUAAUCUGAUUGUAAACAUUGUUUUUACAGCCAUAAUCUAUGUUAAGACUUACUUCAUACUCAUAAAUUCAGUGAUGGGUAUAUUUCUGUAGACUGUGUUACUUUUAUCUUGAAUUAUACAACUUAUUAGAUAAAUUAAAAAUAAAUAAUGCAUCAAUUUCAUGUUGGUUAAAAUAUUGUUAACUUUUAACAUUAUUAAGUAAUAUUUCAAAUACUUUUCUUGUUGGAUAACCGACAAUGAUAUUAUGGAUUUAUUUGUGUAUGUAUGGAAUAAUAAAGCAAAAAGGUUAUAAGCUAAGUAUGAGGGUUCGUGUUGUGCCUAUGUUAUUUAUUGAAUAUCCAAUUAAAAUAUACAAACUCCA